AUGAGUUGUCUCGUAAACAAUGAUCAUGUCCAACAACUUAAACUUGGUCUUUAUGAAAUAAAAAAUGAUACACUGUUAGAUUCUUUGAAAGGUUUUCAAACCAUGGAGCCAUCUUUAUAUAAAUAUAUUGAAUAUAUAAUUGGAGCUAAUCAUGAAACUCUCAAUGAUUUAAGAAGAAAUACAAACAUCUCUAUUCUUUCACCAAAAAUCAUUGAAAAAAGCAAAGUUUAUAAGCAAUUGAAGAAACUUUUAGAAGCAAUUAGUGGUCAACUUGGAUUAGCGAAAUUAAGCCACUUCUUUCAAAUUUUUCUAAAUAAUUUGUUGGAACGUCCUCAGCCUUUACCACCAGGUUUUAGAGUAGCUGAAGUAGUUGAUAUUAAUGGCGAGGAUAUUUUUGCUGUUAACAUUCAAGAAUAUAUCCGGCCAGGUAACAGACAACUGGUUCUCCACCAAGAAAACAUGUAUCAAGAACAUUUACAGCCAAGAUAUCAACAACAAGAAGCUGAGCAAGUUGGACAACAACAACAACAACAACAACAAGCUGAGCAAGUUGGACAACAAGAAGCUGAGCAAGUUGGACGACAACAACAACAACAAGAAGAACAACAAGAAGAGCAACAACAAGAAGAAGAGCUUGUUGCAAUGAAUAAUGAUGAAAAUCCUGGACAAGAUGUUGAUGAGUUUGGUGUUCAGUUUAAUAAUCAUCAAGGUGAACCUUGCAGUAUUUGUGAUACUUUGGCAGAUCGUGCCUUGGCUUGUCUUCACAAAUUUUGUCUUGAUUGUCUUCAAGAAUGGUCAUUAAGACAAAGGACAUGUCCAUUAUGUCGACAUCCUUUUUAA